CAUCAGAACAAGUAAUAUAUAUUCAAAUAUAUCUUUUAUGCUGAAAAUGGAUCCCAAAGUUACAAAUUAGAAUUAGUUUUAAAUAAAAUAUUCAGUACUGCUAUUCAGCAACCGUUUUGUACAUUUCAAUUACAUAUUGAUAAGGAUAUGGGAAUAAAUGUAGUACAUUAAUGGACUUGCAUCGCUUGUUUGAUUUUGAAGAUACGCUGACAGACCAAUCCAGGGUGCUACAUGGCAAAAAAAUUGACCUUGAGUAAUCCGUGGGAACUGUGGUUUGUCCCAGUCAACAGCGUCUGUCAAUGUAUUUUUGGCAGUAUUCAAACAAAACAUUUAUAAUUGGUAAAACGAUUAUCAAAAUUUAAAUAAUAAUUCCAAUUAAAAUAAUAACCUUUACAAAAAUAAUAGUAGUUUAGGAAUAACAUCCACGAUGGAAGAUAGAGCCAAUAUCCUAAGGCAAAUGAAGGUUUGUCGAUUUUGUCUUUGUAAUGAAGAAACAGACUUGUUAAAUAUCCACGAAAAGCACCCACAAGAUCCCGAAAUACCAAUUCCGUUACCAUCUCUACCACUGCGAAUUAUGGGCUGUAUUGCUAUAGAAGUAAUUCAAAACGAUGGAAUGCCGCAAUAUAUAUGUAAAAGUUGUUGUCACUUAACAACACAAGCAUACAUAUUCAAAAUGAAUUGUAAAAAAGCAGACGAUGCAUUAAAACUUUUUCUUGUAACAGGCCAACUUUCAAAACCUUAUAUGCAAAAUGCUGUUCAAAUUAAAGUUCAACUUGCUCCAGAUAAGUUUAUCACAGUAGUUAAUGAAAAUGAAAAGUCUAAUGCAGCUACAAUCCAACAAGAAUUUGAAAAUAAUAAGGAAAUUGAAGUGGAAUUCCAAGACGGAGAACAACAUGAAACAGAAAGGGUACUCUAUAACACUAAUGAUGAAGCUGAAGCUACUAAUGAUUCUGUAUCAAAAUAUACAGAGGUUGAAAAAGUGGAAACAUCCAUAUUUCCUUGUGAAUAUUGUGAAAAAACGUUUCCUUUGAAACAACUUUUGGAUUUACAUAUGUCUCAACAUAGCAGAGAACGUAAUUUCAUAUGUGAAAUUUGCAAGUGUAAAUUUUAUACUAAAUAUGAUCUUCAGAAACAUAUUCGUACUCACAAUCCCAUAAAAGAGUUUUCAUGUUCUUUGUGUGAUAAAACAUUCAAUAGGGAACCACUUUUAAGGAGACAUAUAAAAACCCACGAUAAAGAACCUAAAUUUACUUGCCAAGUAUGUAAUGUUGCAUUUUUGCGAAAAGAACUUCUAGAAUAUCACAUGGAGAAACACAAUAAAAAGAAAGCAUUUACUUGUAAAAUUUGUAACAAAAGUUUCGUCUUUAAGCAGGGUCUUGAACGUCAUGAAGCUGUUCAUAGCAACAACAAACCUCACAAAUGUAAUUACUGCGACGCCAGCUUCAUAUCAGCCAUAAAGUUGACCAGACACAUCACCUCUCAUGCAGGGUUACGACCCUAUCCUUGUAAACUUUGUGGAAGAACAUUCCUUCUCAGCCAUCAUUUAACAAGACAUAUGCGUGGUCACUAUGCCACAAAUGACUCAAUCGGUCCAUAUAAAUGCCACAUUUGCAGCAUGUCAUUCCGAACAUCAGAAAUUUUAAUUAACCACAGUGCUAUUCAUUCUAUGGUUAAUCUCAAAUGUGUCAUUUGCAACACUACAUUUGAAACAGCAGAAUUGGUUAAGGAACACAUCACUACACAUUUGAGUGGUCUUCCUUAUAGCUGUGGUAAAUGUGAAUAUAGCUUUGAAACAGAGAUGCAAUUAGAAGAACACGAAUUAGACCAUGCAGAAAUGGAGUAUGAAGAACAAAUCGAGAAAGAGGUAUUUAAAGGCUCCUCUGUUGAUGGGGUUGAUGAUGAUGAGCAAAAUGAUACAGCAGAAGAUGAAGCAAUGCAUUUCACAAUAGAUGUGGACAAUCCAGAACUUACUUUACAACUUACACAAAAAUCUACUGAAAAAAAAUCUGAAGAUGUAAAUAGACAACGCAUUGAAUUUUUGAAGGAUGAAGUUGAUUUAGAAGAAGAUGUCCAGGAAGAAGGUGGCGAUGAAGAGAUGGAAGUUGUAGAAAGUGAGCCUAUUAAACCUAUUGUACGCCAAGAAGGAACUAAGGUUUACCAAAGGAGGAAUGCAUUUAACAAAAACUUACCAGAUGUGAGUUCUAAUCCCUUGAAACCAACACCAGCAGAAACGGUGCAACAAACAGCUACUACUGCACAUGAUACUUUGUUGGAUUCAACAACUUUACAGGAUAAUAAAGUCAAGAUGGGUGACAAGAUUGUCAAAGUUCAGAAAUUUAUAUUCACCAAGGACGAAAUGAAAGCAAUGGCAAAACAAGGAAUUUUAGAAGUUAAAGGUGGACAAGUAGUUUUGAAGAGCGCAGGUCAGCAGAUUCUCAACGCCUCGCUGAAACCGAUGCAAAAAAAUGAAAUAGAUUCUUUGUUAGACAAAAGAAUUAACAGUGGAGUUCAAGUUAGAAAAUUUGAUAGGAAAAGUGAUAACAGUGUUGAUACAUAAAAAUCUUGUUGUAUAGAAUGAAUUUAGUAUUUUGUUUGUCUCAGCCUGUCUAUAAGUUUACUCAGUCGAAUUAGAGUGAUAAAUUGAUUAGAAGAAAAAUUCAGCAGAUACAUUCCAUGAGCUUCUAGGUAACUCUAGUUUUAUCUUAUUACAGAACAUAUUUUCAAUUAUUGAUAACAAAGUUCUGGUAUAUUCUGAUAAAAUUCAGUCCCUGGUACAAACAAAUGUUUUUUGAUAAUAUAUUGAACUGCUGAAUAUUUUUUUAGUAGUUUCUAUACAACAAGUAAUUUAUUUUUAGAAAAUUAUUACUAUUAUAAUUCAUAUAAAAUAUUUGGAAUUUAGAUGUUAGUUUAUUGUCUUAACGACUAUAUAGAAUAUAAAAUUACAUUUAUGAACUUUAUAUAGGAAAAAAUUGAUAUAUGAGGUGUGAUUAUAAAAUACAAUGAUUUAUUUCACCAAAACAAAUAAGAAGAUAGCGGAAAAUCUUCUUCAAAGUACUAAAAGAUGCCUGAAACAAUUUCUAUAGUGCUUCUUUUAAAAUGGUUUUCAUGUACUCUCUCACGGCAUCUCAAUUUUAUGAAUGGAGUUGAAACGUUUCCAGGUACCGUGCUAGAAGUCACAUAGUGAUAAACCUGGUGAGUAAAGCUGAUGUGGACUUACUCGCAUUUCAUAUUGGAAACAUUCCAGUAUCUCCUUGUAAAAUUCCAAUGAAAUUUCUGCCCUCAACUUUUGAAUAUUAAUGGUUAUUUUUAGGUCAAAGUGAGUCACUUGUUUUUCAAUGAGACAUCCAAAUUUAUACCCCUUAGGCCAUUAUUUUUGUUCACUUCUCAAGAAUGCUUUGUAUGAACCUCUAGAAGUUUGUAAUUCAGCUCUUAGAUAGUCAAUUGCUUGUUUGAAUGAACAAGUUUGUCCAAGGCGGAAUUUAACAUUUUGUGAGCUUCUUUUGCACUUUUGUCAAUUUGAAACAAAACUUAAUAUGUUGUUAACGAUAUUUAUUUUACAACAGACACGAUCUCACUAUAAAUUAGUAGACUACCAAUUCAGAAAGGGUUCAAUAGUUGAAGGUACAAAACACAAUUGUUCAAAUAGAUGCAACUAAAGCAAUUGCUGUUAUAAAAAUCCAUUAACCAUAUUUUUUGAUCACACAUCGUACGUGUUAGCAGGAUCAAAAUCUAAUAUUUAUUCUAUCCCUCAUUUUUUUCAUUUAUUUGUGCUUCAAGUGGUUUAAAUCUAGAUGAAUUAUAACCUUUCUUUCGAUACUAAUCCAAAUUUAUGUAAAUGCAUGUUUAAUCAUUAUGUGUUUGCUGCUUUUUACAAUGAUUUUUUAGAAAACAUGUUUUAUAUUGAGACUUCUCAGUUUUUAUUGUUGCAAAACAUAAAUGUACUGUAUUUAUAAAUCGAAAUCGAAAUAAAUGUGUUUAAACACA